UAAUUUUUCCACUCCCACCGCUUGAGAAGCAACCAGAACGCCGCCCACACGUGAAGCCUCACGUAACUCACCCCCCACCUCCCUUUAUUAACGCCGUCUUCCCCGAACCAAAUUCCAGAGAUCCAUAUCCAGAUAACAGAGAUUAAAGUUAACAAUGAGCGACGAGGUAAAAGACAAAUCGCCGGAGCACGCCGUGUUCUCCUCCGUCGAUUCCCCCCAGCAGAUCUCAGCCGCGCAGCCGAGUACCACCUCUGCGCCCCCAGACAACGUCGACGAAGACGAUGAUUUCGAGUUCGCAUUCGCGGUAGGGAACCAAGAAACCCACCCGCUAAUCACCGCCGACGAAAUUUUCUCCGACGGCCAGAUCCGCCCCAUCUAUCCCGUCUUCAACCGCGAUCUCCUCCUCACCUGCGACGAGGAGAAAUUAUGUCGGCAGCCCCUGUUCCAGCUCCUAAUCGAGGAUCGCGAGGUAUCGAUUUCCCAUUCUGAUUCGCCUUUAGGGCACGAUCUUGAAGGAAUCCCGCCCGGUAGCUACUGCGUCUGGAAGCCGGGUUCGCCGAAAUCGCCUGGAAUGGUACGGAAGAGCUCGUCGACGGGAUCAUCGCGCCGGAGGCGGAUUAGGGAUUUUGUGGUCGGUCGGAGCCAUAGCGAUGGGAAGGAGAAGUUCAUGUUCAUUGCGGCGGAGGAGAAGAGUUCGAUCAAGAAGGAAGUUGCAACGGAUGAAGGGAAGAGGAAGGGGCAGGAGAAGAAGGCGGCAGAGUUGGAUUUGAUAACUGCUCAUCGUGUGUUCUACGGCUCGAGCGGUAACCGAUCGACGGCGAGGGGCGGCGGAGCCGCCGGCCGGAAAUCGUAUUUGCCGUACAAACCCGAGAUAAUGGGUUUCUUCGCCAGAGUGAAUGGGAUCAGCCGUGCUCAACAUCCAUUUUAGAGCUUUUUUCUUAUAAAAUUUUUAU